AUGAAUGAGAUGGUCACAUUAGCCAACGCGGGCUUCCUGGGAAACCCGGUCAACGCCUUCAAACUGAUGAAGAGGCUGAACACAGAAUGGGGAGACCUGGAGAGCCUGGUGCUGAAGGACACCACAGACGGCUUCAUCUCUAACCUGACCCUCCAGAGGAAACACUUCCCUACAGACGAGGACCAGACAGGCGCAGCCAAGGCCCUUCUCAGACUGCAGGACACUUACAGGCUGGAUACCAACAUCAUCUCUACAGGAGACCUGCMAGGAGUGAYSCACAAGAGCCCUAUGACGGUGGAGGACUGCUUUGAGCUGGGGAAGAUUGCCUACACCGAGGUGGACUACUACCACACUGAGCUGUGGAUGGAGCAGGCCCUGAAGCAACUGGACGAAGGAGAGGAGUCCACCGUGGACAAGGUUACCGUGCUGGACUACCUCAGCUAUGCCAUCUACCAGCAAGGGGAGCUAGGCAGGGCCCUGGAGCUCACCAAGAGGCUGCUCAUACUGGACCCGGAACACCAGCGUGCCAACGGCAACCUGAAGUACUUUGAGUUUCAACUGAGAAAGCAGAGGAAGGCCCAGGCCGAGGAGGCCCAGAAGACCCAGAAUGAGGGCAAGGGGCGAACGAAGAGACAGACGAGUGAUGCCUCCAAGAAGAAGAUGCGCUUCAGGGAGCCUGUCCCAGAGAGGAAGAUGUAUGAGAUGCUGUGUCGAGGGGAGGGCAUCAAGCUGACCCCCCGCAGACAGAGCCGGCUUUUCUGCCRUUACUAUGACAACCACAGUCACCCCAAGUACCUGUUGAGCCCGGUGAAGCAGGAGGACGAGUGGGACCGGCCCUACAUCGUCCGUUACCAUGACAUCAUCUCUCACAGCGAGAUCGAGAAGGUCAAAGAGCUGGCCAAGCCCAGGCUAAGGCGCGCCACAGUACAUGACCCUCUAACUGGGAAACUCACCAYGGCCCUGUACAGAGUCUCCAAGAGUGCAUGGCUGACAGCAUAUGAACACCCAUUGAUUGACCAGAUCAACCAGCGGAUUGAGGACCUCACAGGACUGGAGAUGGACACUGCAGAAGAGUUGCAGGUUGCAAACUACGGUGUGGGAGGGCAGUAUGAGCCACACUUUGACUUUGGACGGAAAGAUGAGCCUGAUGCCUUUAAAGAGCUGGGAACUGGAAACCGCGUAGCAACCUGGCUCUUCUAUAUGAGUGAUGUGGCAGCAGGAGGUGCUACAGUUUUCCCAGAUGUGGGUGCUGUAGUAUGGCCGAAAAAGGGGACUGCAGUGUUCUGGUACAACCUGUUUCUCAGUGGAGAGGGAGAUUACAGUACUAGACACGCAGCCUGCCCAGUACUGGUGGGCAACAAGUGGGUAUCAAACAAAUGGAUCCAUGAACGAGGGCAGGAGUUCAGACGACCCUGUGGCCUGAAUGAGACUGCAUGAUGAAGGGUGAAGGCUUUCCUUCCACACCCCUCCUCCUCUUUCCCACUGUUCCUCUUGAACCCCGGGACCUGAGAACACUUCUGCAAACACUUCAGUCUAUGAAAAGGGGGCCAUGGGCAUCCCUCCUCCUCCUCCUCUUCCUCCCUCCCUCCUUCAUUCGCUCCUUACCCCCAMUCUGUUCCCCUCUGAGCCCAGGAUGUUUUGGGGCUUUCAGUUURGACAGUAUUAGUGGUGUUCUGACUGACAUGGUGAUCUCAAGACUGUUGGAUAUGUCUCAAAUGAACACGUUGUGUGUCAUCCUGUUUGCACUCUUUAUGGACUCUGUGUGUACACAGCUCAAAUGGUUAUUUCAGAGUGCAGGUUCUGGAGAUGACGGCAAGUCUAGCUCUGUUCUAGUGUAAUUCAUAUUUAGUCUCUGCUCCUCUCUACAUGAAUGAGUCCAUAGUAAGCCAUGGACUUUUUUGUCAAUUCAGGUCAAUGUUCACUCAACGUCUUCUUUCAAGUCACUCCAGUUUAUACUAACAUAACUCUUUCACAAAGACACCACACACACAGACAUACACUCCAACACUCCCACGUACUGCACAGACAAUCUUAUCUGAUGUUCAUCUGUUUAUAGCUUGGGGUGUAAUUUGUUUACUGUUUUUCUUUAUGCAAUACUAUCUGGGGGCCUCAAGGAAGAAAGAUUAUAUUUAUAUCUGACAAAAUUCCCCCAUGUUGUGUUUGUAUGUCCUUUCAAAUGUGCAGGAUUCUUUUUGGAAGUGUGAAAUGUAUGUUUUCUACAGAAAUCAAGUAUA